AUGGAUCCCAAGGUCGGGUCGCUAGAUCCUUCUUUCGAACUACCUCUGAUUCCAAUUCUUGAUUUUGCUAUACACUUUUCGCUUUCCAGGGAAAAGUACAACUCCUCCAAGCAGGGCGAGGCAUCUUUCCGGGUGUUGUACUACGGCGGCGCGGCCGGCUCCGUCCCCUUCCUGUGGGAGUCUCAGCCUGGAACCCCUAAACACACGUUCAACGACGACCCUCUUCCGCCGCUGACUCCGCCGCCGUCGUACCAGUCGAGCCCACGUCCAAGUCCCUUGCAGAAGAAGAAUUCCAAGAAUUCCAGGUUUUUCAACUCCAUUUUCGCCAGAGCUUCGUCCAGGAAAAUCAACGCGUCGCGAGCGUUCUCGCCGCCGCCUUCGUCUUCUUCGUCGUCUUUCUCGUCCUCAUCGUGCUCAUUGCCAUCGACGCCGGUGAAUGCACGAAGAGGUAGUAUUAAAGCUCGUUCGAGGUCGACUAGUACAGUGUAUUUCGGGCUAGACGAGGACGAAUACCAUGAUGAGUCGGGUAAAAGGUCUCCUACUUCAACAUUGUGCUUUGGUCCUAAGAAUGAGAGGAGGUUUAUGGGUUAUUCUUACCCAAUCAAGAGUGUUAAGAAGGUCAUGUCGUCCAUUGUUGGUGGGCAUGGCACGAGCAAUUCACGUUAGAGAACUCGUGCGAUGUUGGUUUUGUACAUCAUGAGAUAGUCAUCUACCUAGUACUCAUCAUAACUGUAUUUCUGAUAAUGUCCUGAUUUUUAUGUGAAAAGAAAAUCCUAGAGACAAGUUGAAUCAAGAUCUCAGUUUGAUUUCUUCUA